UUGAAGGAAGCCGGAAACUAAAAACAAAUGUGAUGAUUACUAUGCAAGGAGACUCGAGCAUUAAUUGUAACACUACUUGAUACAAACCGAGAAAGAAAUAAACAGCCGGCUCCGUCUGAAUUUGUUCAUACGUAAUAGUGUAUAUAUACAUAUACAUAUAUAUAUAUACACACACAAAUACAUACACGUACAUAUAUAUAUAUAUAUUCAACUACUUGCCUUAAAGUUAUCGCCUGGGCAGAUUCUAUAUAAACAACAGUUACGCACACUUACAUGGACGUACAAGCUGCAGGCAUAAUCAAGAUGAAGCUCCAUGCUGCAACAACAUUUCUGCCAUGGCUGCUGUUGCUCGUUACCUCUGCAACGCUUAGUUUUGGUGCCAGCGAGGGCCGCAGCCGCCAUGGUGUCAAUCAGGGAGAAAGCCUGGGAAGGUGGUUGGAGACAAGAAGAAAGACAACGACCCAAAAUCUAUCGGAAAAACUUAUAGGUGGUGGUAAUUCAUGGGAAGAAUCGGAGACGAUGAUGAAGAUUGAUCCUUACAUCGAAGUUCAACCGGGAUCCAUGGCCUCCGACAAGAUCACCGUGUUACCGGGGCAGCCGGUGAGUGGAGUAGAUUUUGAUCAUUAUGCAGGGUAUGUUACUGUGGAUGACAAAGCUGGAAAAGCACUUUUCUACUACUUCGCUGAGUCCCCAAACAACUCUUCCACUAACCCUUUGGUCUUAUGGCUCAAUGGAGGACCCGGAUGUUCUUCAUUUGGGUACGGAGCGAUGACUGAAUUGGGACCGUUUCGAGUAAAUAGCGACGGAAAAACUCUUUUCCGAAACAAAUAUGCAUGGAACAAUGUGGCAAAUGUGAUAUUCUUGGAAUCACCGGCAGGAGUAGGGUUUUCUUAUUCAAAUACAUCAUCGGUUUAUAAUCAGACAGGCGAUGCAAGCACCGCAAAUGAUGCUUACAUUUUUCUUAUCAACUGGCUUGAGAGAUUUCCACAGUACAAGUCCAGAGAUUUCUAUAUAACUGGAGAGAGUUAUGCCGGCCACUAUGUACCACAAUUGGCCUAUACUAUACUUCUCAACAAUAAAAAUGCCAAUCAAACUCUCAUCAAUCUCAAAGGCAUUGCGAUUGGGAAUGCAUGGAUUGAUGACACCACAAGUUUACUAGGAGUAUAUGAUUAUAUAUGGAGUCAUGCUUUGAAUUCAGAUGAAACACACAGAGGCAUCUUGUUGAACUGUGAUUUUCUCACUUGGAACAUUUCUGACAAAUGCUUUCAGUUCUUAUACCAGUCUGAUAUAGAGGAAGGCAAUAUUGAUUAUUACAAUAUAUAUGCUCCUCUAUGUCUUUCAUCCCCCUCUAAUUCCUCUUCACCCGGAUCUGUUGAUAACUUUGAUCCAUGCUCCCCGGACUAUGUAUACAACUACCUGAAUACUGCAGAGGUGCAGAAAGCUUUGCAUGCAAAAAGCACAUAUUGGACAUUUUGCAGACGCUUUUAUUGGAAUGAUAGUCCAACAACCAUCCUCCCCAUUAUCAAGUAUCUUAUGGCAAACAAUAUCAGAGUCUGGGUAUACAGUGGUGAUACAGAUUCUGUAGUACCAGUUACUUCGUCUAGAUACUCCAUAAAUACUCUCAACCUUCCCAUAAAGGCUGCUUGGCGCCCCUGGUACACCAGCCAAGAGGUUGGUGGAUACGUUGUGGAUUAUGAAGGACUAACUUUUGUAACAGUGAGAGGAGCAGGUCAUGAGGUUCCAAGUUACCAACCUGAGCGAUCCCUCACUAUGAUAUCUUCCUUUCUUCUUGGCAUUCUCCCUCCUGCUAAAUGAACAUCUCUUGACAGGAGGAUGUUGGCUACCUUCUUUACUUCUAAUCCUAAUUAAGUUUUUUGGUUCCUAAUAAUGCUUUGAACAAUGUUUUUGUUAUAUUUAAUUUGUUAAUCACUGAAUUUAAUGUGAAAUGAUGAUAAAGAAUAACGGGUUUUGAACCAAGCGAUCAUCUAUGUUCUCGUUCAAGUUAGAGAUUUCAAUUUUGACAUUUGCCUAGUACAAGAAUCACAUAUAUUACAUGUUGAGCUGGUUUUGACCCACGAUCAUCUAUGUUUGCGUUGAAGUUUAGAGAUCUCAACUUCGACAUUACCUAGCAUAAGAAUCAUAUAUAUUACAUCUGAGCUAAUUUUAACCCAAUGAUCAUCUGUGUUUUUGUUUAAGUUAGAGAUCUCAAUUUCAACAUUUGCCUAGUAAAGGAUCAUAUAUAUAUAUAUAUAUAUCACAUUUUGAGCUGGUUUCAACCAAGUGAUUAUUUAUGUUCUUGUUCAAAUUAGAAUUCUCUCAAUUUUGACAUUUGCCUAACGCAAGAUCAUACGUAUUAUAUUCUGCUCAAAAGGAAUAAGUGAUAAGAAAAUGCAAA